AUCGAGAGAAAGAACGAAACAGCUGCUGUUGGAUUCUUAAUACCUGCAUCCAUAAGAACAUCACAAGAAAAAUCACACCAGAAGAGGAAAAGGGGACGCGGGAAAUACAGAUUGCAGGCAUCAUCGGUAAGGUGAAACCACAUAAGUAUGAGCGGACAGUAAAUUGUUCCCCGAAUCCAUCAUAUUCCACUGUCAUAGGACUGAAUGCAGAUCCUAUGUGCGCCUGCAGUAGCACAAAGCGGAGGUUUGGAAACCAAAUUGUGUCCAACACCAACGCUGAAAUCGGAUGUACAGUACGUAUUGUGCCGUUUCAUAUUGACCACGGUUUCUAAUCACAUUUACCAACGAUUCAUUAAUUACCUACCGGAUCCAGAUUGCUUGAUGGGGCGUCGAAACAGUUUAAACUUUUAACCCAAGGUGUGGACUUCACGGAGGAGGAAAGUGUUGAGCCAACCUGCAUUGGUCUAACCUGGGAGGGCGAUAAGUAAUCAGCAGCGACUCACCAAAGACUAAUCUGUUCAAAACCUGAACUGCAACGGACGCGUUUGGAUAGCAGAUGAUCCUGUGCGUAAUUGUUUUAUAGCGGACUCCUUUUCGGGUGAAGAGCUCUUUGUUGUGAUUGAAGUGACAUUAGCCCUCUCUUAUUUUCAUGGCUUUGGAGUGCAGUAGUAGGAACAGUAUGUGGAGCGAGGGGACAGUGCAUGAUUAGUUCGUUACAGAACGCACUUUCCUCGCCUUAUUUCCAGGUCCAAGAUAUUGGACACAACAUAAGGACAAUUGCUGCAACUACAACGAAGUCCUGUACAGAAAUAGACUUUACAUUAAACCCUUCAGAUUAUUUCUAUCGCUGCUGCCAUCGUAGUAUGUCUGCACUCCGAAAGAAAUUUGGGGACGAUUAUCAGGUAGUGACCACCUCAUCCAGCGGGUCUGGAUUCAACCAGCCGGCACCAGAGAAGAAGAAGAAGAGGCAACGCUUUGUGGACAAGAACGGGCGAUGUAACGUCCAGCAUGGAAACCUGGGUGGUGAAACCAGUAGAUAUCUAUCCGAUUUAUUCACCACACUGGUCGAUUUGAAAUGGCGCUGGAAUUUAUUCAUCUUCAUCCUUACAUACACGGUGGCAUGGCUCUUCAUGGCCUUCAUGUGGUGGAUCAUAGCCUACAUAAGAGGAGACCUUCAUCGAGCCCACGAUGACAAGUAUACGCCAUGCGUUGCCAAUGUCUACAACUUUCCCUCCGCGUUUUUAUUCUUCAUAGAAACGGAAGCCACAAUAGGAUAUGGCUAUAGGUAUAUCACGGACAAAUGUCCCGAGGGGAUCAUUCUCUUUCUUUUCCAGUCAAUCCUGGGAUCAAUCGUUGAUGCUUUUUUGAUUGGCUGCAUGUUCAUUAAGAUGUCCCAGCCCAAGAAAAGGGCAGAGACUUUGAUGUUCAGUGAACAUGCAGCUAUUUCGAUGCGAGAUGGAAAACUAACUCUCAUGUUCAGAGUCGGCAACCUGCGUAAUAGCCAUAUGGUCUCCGCACAGAUCCGCUGCAAAUUGCUGAAAUCUCGUCAGACGCCCGAAGGCGAGUUUCUUCCUCUGGAUCAGUUGGAAUUGGACGUGGGCUUCAGUACCGGGGCGGACCAGCUCUUCCUGGUCUCACCACUCACAAUCUGCCAUGUGAUCGACACCAAAAGCCCAUUCUACGAACUCUCCCAGAGAUCCAUGCAAACAGAGCAGUUUGAAAUUGUGGUCAUAUUGGAAGGAAUAGUGGAAACCACUGGUAAGUUAUCACAAAUACAUAAUUGUUCUUUCUUGCAGUAUUAUAGUAAAGACCAUAGGCCUAUUUCGUGUCUGUGCCCUGAGAUAAAGUGGUGCGCUAUGUUUGGCUCAGGCUAGAGUAUAUGAUAGCAAAAAUAAAUGUGUGUUAGUAUGAGUGUAAUAAUACAAGGAUGAGUGUAAAGUGAAUGUAUAAUGUGAAGUUGCAGGGUUUUACUCUAAGUGGCCAAUGUUGACCCAGAUGGGCUUGUCUAAUGACCCCUGGGUGUUAGUGAAUGUCAUUGUUUGCAUGAUAUUGGUUUUAUGUGACACAGCUGGAUACGUUUAUAAAUAAUAUGUUCUGAUUUGAUUUUCUGUAUGCAGUGGAAAUGGAAAAAAAAAUGUAAUUUGAUAUAUAGUAAGUCAACAUUGACAGUGGUGCUUGGUAAGAAAUACAACUAAACAAGAAUGCUGGUAAAUUGAGUUAUUUUAGAAAUAAUUGACUCUGUUUUUAUGAGAUCUCCUAAAACAUAUUCCAAAAGAGUUGAUGUCUAGAGAACAUUAUUGCCGUUUUAAAAUACAAACCUCACACUCUUCUGGAGGGUACAAUGUAAAUAAAAAAUAUGGUGAUUUACAAUUGUAAGGCAACCAGCUGCAAUAGGAUUGUGAUUUUGCUCAACAUUUGGGCAUGUAGCUGAACCAACAUGCAUUCAAUUUGAGAAUUUAUUGGACCUUGUUUGCUUAUUUACCAGACUGCCUUGCGUUUCGAGUGAAUGGUAGUUACCACCCAUUACUGUAUUUGUUAGCGACAGAGACAUGGUUGUUGUAUUCAAUUGUUUUCAGUACUGCAGCCUUCACCA